AUGAAAACUGGGAGUCGAAAGAAAUGUCAUAACAACAUAUUAUCCACCCCAAUCAGCUAUACCUCAAGGUGUAUAUCACAAUAUCUUCUAACCUUUCUACUAUUAGCUACUGUAGAUAUCACUGUAGCACAAUUAAGCUCAGUUUUUCAUGAAUUGCCAGCCAAUGUUAAUCAACUGCCAUUACUUUUGCAACGCGGGCUGGAUCAACAUGAUGAUAGAAGACUAACUGAGGAUGAGGAUCUGGACGAUCUAGAUAUAGAUGACCCGUUAGCCAUGGAGGGCUUGAAUGAUGAGUUGAAAGAACCUAUGUGGAUUAGGAGCGGUUGGUUUUAAAUUUUUUAAAUGUUUUUUAAUUAAAAAAAAAUUUUGAAAUUUUAAAAUUUAAAUAAAAAAAUUUCAGGAAAGUUCCAAGGAGACAUUGAUGGUGUUGACUCUAGCAUGAUUAAGAAGCUGGUAAGUCAAAAGCCCUAGCUCUAUCUCAAAGCCCUCGCCCAGAGCCUUAGCACAGAGCCCUCGCCCAGAGCCCUAGCCCAGAGCCCUAGCCUAGAUCUUCAGCUUUAGCACCUGCCCUUACCGUACCCUAUCUAGUUAGUUAUUUAGUCUUACCCAUAGCUCAUACCCUUGCUUUAUCCUUGUUCUACUUUAACUUCCGUUUUUUCCUUACCCUACUUUAACAUAACCUAACCGUAGUCCUUAUUGUAGCCCUCACUAUAGCUGUCUUUCGCCUCUACACCUACUUUGGUCGUUUUAAAAACCCUUACUAAUGCGCCAAGCAGCUCCUAUCCAGACUUUGUUAUGCCCUACUUCAGCAUGGCCUUACUGUAAUCACCCUAGGUCAUUUUUUCUUUAAAUCUUUCUCUACCUUACCUUAGUUUGAAGUCGUUCACUUAAUCUUGCGCCCCAUAACGACAGAAAUUUGUGUAAAAAGGAGAGCAGAAUCAAGUGAACAACCUAAUAUUUACUAUUGUGUGCCGACAUAAAGAACUCGCCAUACUUUUCCUGUAGCUUCCUGUAAAAAAUGGCGGGUUCUUUAUUUCGGCAUUUAAUAUAUACCUUUCUCUAACCUACCUUAGCUCAUUUUCACCUUAAAACUUUUUCUACGCUACCCCAGCUCAUAGUUACUCUACAUCUUGCUUUACUCUAUACCCUUGAUAUCUUUUCAGAAUUCAGCUUCAGUCCAAAUGAAUGCACUGAAGAACAAGCAAUUGAUCUGGACGAAUGGGAUUGUUCCAUAUGUACUGGAUGAAGCAUUCAGUACGUAAGUUCUCGAAAUGUCUUGCUGUUUAAAUUUUGUAAAAUAUGGGCCGCUUAAGAACGAAAUAUUAAUUUUAAAAGUAAUAUUGAUUUAUAAGACAGUUACAUUUAUAUAGUACAUACAAUGUUUCUAAAUUACAGCGCAAAGUGAAGUGAAAUUACUGGAAAAAGCGUUUCGAACGUAUCGGAAACGUACUUGCAUUCGAUUUCGACCUCACGGAAGUGAAAAGGACUAUCUUCACAUUGUCAAAGGACUUGGGUAGGUUUUACUAUUCAAAUAGUUUUUACAUUACAGAAAGUUACAGUAAGUUAGGGAUGGGGUUGAAAAGGGUAGGGUUUUUGAGAAUACUAGACAUGAGGAACGGGCCGAAUCUGACCUAAAUUUAGGUCGGAAAAUCAAAGCCCUCAUGUCUGCCGUAAUGUACUGAUAGAGUUAAAGUAGAGCUAGGUAUAGUGUAAACCAAGGAAUAACAUAAGGUAAAAACUACUGUAAGUAACGUAGGGAAAAGCCAUUUCUAAGAUUAGGGGUAGACUUUAAGAAAUUAAGGUAAAUUCUUUAAGGUAAGGGCAGGUUUUUUAAGCAUUGUGAGGGUAGGGUAAGGUAAGGUCGGGUAGACAUGAACGACGGGCUAGGCCGAGCCAAUUUUUUAGUCUGGCCCGUCUGUAUUUUGAACAAGCCCAGCUCGUCGUCUAUGGCAAGGGUAUGGAAAGAAAUGACAGUUUAAGGUAAGGUAGGAUAGAAAACAAUACGCUAGAUUACGGCAGGGUAGGGUAUAGUGAAACAGAGAAAGGUAAGACACAGUAAGGUAGGGUUAGGAAGAAAACGGCGCGCUAGAGUACGACAGGAUAGGGUAGAGUAGAGUAGGAUAGAGUAGGAUAGGGUAGGGUAGGGUAAUAACUUAAAAAUGCUUUCAGAUGUUACUCUCAAGUAGGGAAGACUGGUGGAAAACAAGAGAUCUCAUUGGGGCGUGGCUGUCUCUACCAUGAGAUUGUUCUUCAUGAGUUGAUGCAUUCAUUGGGGGCAUGGCAUGAACAUUCUCGGGCUGAUCGAGACGAAUUUGUCAAAAUUCGAUGGGAAAACAUUUUAAAUGGCAUGGAAAGUCAAUUCGACAUUAUUUCACCGGCUUUACAGGUAUGAUUUAUAUGUUGUUGUAAAAUGUCAUAAAAUCUGCAUUUCUAAUGAAAAAUGUCAUAAAAUUCGUAUUUCUAAUAAAAAAUGUCAUAAAUCCUCAUUUCUAAUGAAAAAUGUCAUAAAAUCUGCAUUUCUAAUGAAAAAUGUCAUAAAAUCUGCAUUUCUAAUAAAAAAUGUCAUAAGAUUUGUAUUUCUAAUAAAAAAUGUCAUAAAUCCUCAUUUCUAAUGAAAAAUGUUAUAAAAUCUGCAUUUCUAAUAAAAAAUGUCAUAAAUCUUCAUUUUUAAUGAAAAAUGUCAUAAAAUCUGCAUUUCUAAUGAAAAAUGUCAUAAAAUCUGCAUUUCUAAUAAAAAAUGUCAUAAGAUUCGUAUUUCUAAUAAAAAAUGUCAUAAAUCCUCAUUUCUAAUGAAAAAUGUCAUAAAAUCUGCAUUUCUAAUAAAAAAUGUCAUAAGAUUCGUAUUUCUAAUAAAAAAUGUCAUAAAUCCUCAUUUCUAAUGAAAAAUGUCAUAAAAUCUGCAUUUCUAAUAAAAAAUGUCAUAAGAUUCGUAUUUCUAAUAAAAAAUGUCAUAAAUCCUCAUUUCUAAUGAAAAAUGUCAUAAAAUCUGCAUUUCUAAUAAAAAAUGUCAUAAGAUUCGUAUUUCUAAUAAAAAAUGUCAUAAAUCCUCAUUUCUAAUGAAAAAUGUCAUAAAAUCUGCAUUUCUAAUAAAAAAUGUCAUAAGAUUCGUAUUUCUAAUAAAAAAUGUCAUAAAUCCUCAUUUCUAAUGAAAAAUGUCAUAAAAUCUGCAUUUCUAAUGAAAAAUGUCAUAAACUCUGCAUUUCUAAUGAAAAAUGUCAUAAAAUUCGUAUUUCUAAUAAAAAAUGUCAUAAAUCCUCAUUUCUAAUGAAAAAUGUCAUAAAUCCUCAUUUUUAAUGAAAAAUGUCAUAAAAUCUGCAUUUCUAAUGAAAAGUGUCAUAAAAUCUGCAUUUCUAAUAAAAAAUGUCAUAAAAUUCGUAUUUCUAAUAAAAAAUGUCAUAAAUUCUCAUUUCUAAUGAAAAAUGUCAUAAAAUCUGCAUUUCUAAUAAAAAAUGUCAUAAGAUUCGUAUUUCUAAUAAAAAAUGUCAUAAAUCCUCAUUUCUAAUGAAAAAUGUCAUAAAAUCUGCAUUUCUAAUAAAAAAUGUCAUAAGAUUCGUAUUUCUAAUAAAAAAUGUCAUAAAUCCUCAUUUCUAAUGAAAAAUGUCAUAAAAUCUGCAUUUCUAAUAAAAAAUGUCAUAAGAUUCGUAUUUCUAAUAAAAAAUGUCAUAAAUCCUCAUUUCUAAUGAAAAAUGUCAUAAAAUCUGCAUUUCUAAUAAAAAAUGUCAUAAGAUUCGUAUUUCUAAUAAAAAAUGUCAUGAAUCCUCAUUUCUAAUGAAAAAUGUCAUAAAAUCUGCAUUUCUAAUGAAAAAUGUCAUAAACUCUGCAUUUCUAAUGAAAAAUGUCAUAAAAUUCGUAUUUCUAAUAAAAAAUGUCAUAAAUCCUCAUUUCUAAUGAAAAAUGUCAUAAAUCCUCAUUUUUAAUGAAAAAUGUCAUAAAAUCUGCAUUUCUAAUAAAAAAUGUCAUAAAUCUUCAUUUUUAAUGAAAAAUGUCAUAAAAUCUGCAUUUCUAAUGAAAAAUGUCAUAAAAUUCGUAUUUCUAAUAAAAAAUGUCAUAAAUCCUCAUUUCUAAUGAAAAAUGUCAUAAAUCCUCAUUUCUAAUGAAAAAUGUCAUAAAUCCUCAUUUCUAAUGAAAAAUGUCAUAAAUCCUCAUUUCUAAUGAAAAAUGUCAUAAAUCCUCAUUUCUAAUGAAAAAUGUCAUAAAUCCUCAUUUCUAAUGAAAAAUGUCAUAAAUCCUCAUUUCUAAUGAAAAAUGUCAUAAAAUCUGCAUUUCUAAUAAAAAAUGUCAUAAAUCCUCAUUUCUAAUGAAAAAUGUCAUAAAAUCUGCAUUUCUAAUGAAAAAUGUCAUAAAAUUCGUAUUUCUAAUAAAAAAUGUCAUAAAUCCUCAUUUCUAAUGAAAAAUGUCAUAAAUCCUCAUUUCUAAUGAAAAAUGUCAUAAAAUCUGCAUUUCUAAUAAAAAUGUCAUAAGAUUCGUAUUUCUAAUAAAAAAUGUCAUAAAUCCUCAUUUCUAAUGAAAAAUGUCAUAAAAUCUGCAUUUCUAAUAAAAAAUGUCAUAAGAUUCGUAUUUCUAAUAAAAAAUGUCAUAAAUCCUCAUUUCUAAUGAAAAAUGUCAUAAAAUCUGCAUUUCUAAUGAAAAAUGUCAUAAACUCUGCAUUUCUAAUGAAAAAUGUCAUAAAAUUCGUAUUUCUAAUAAAAAAUGUCAUAAAUCCUCAUUUCUAAUGAAAAAUGUCAUAAAUCCUCAUUUUUAAUGAAAAAUGUCAUAAAAUCUGCAUUUCUAAUAAAAAAUGUCAUAAAUCUUCAUUUUUAAUGAAAAAUGUCAUAAAAUCUGCAUUUCUAAUGAAAAAUGUCAUAAAAUUCGUAUUUCUAAUAAAAAAUGUCAUAAAUCCUCAUUUCUAAUGAAAAAUGUCAUAAAUCCUCAUUUCUAAUGAAAAAUGUCAUAAAUCCUCAUUUCUAAUGAAAAAUGUCAUAAAUCCUCAUUUCUAAUGAAAAAUGUCAUAAAUCCUCAUUUCUAAUGAAAAAUGUCAUAAAUCCUCAUUUCUAAUGAAAAAUGUCAUAAAUCCUCAUUUCUAAUGAAAAAUGUCAUAAAAUCUGCAUUUCUAAUAAAAAAUGUCAUAAAUCCUCAUUUCUAAUGAAAAAUGUCAUAAAAUCUGCAUUUCUAAUGAAAAAUGUCAUAAAAUUCGUAUUUCUAAUAAAAAAUGUCAUAAAUCCUCAUUUCUAAUGAAAAAUGUCAUAAAUCCUCAUUUCUAAUGAAAAAUGUCAUAAAAUCUGCAUUUCUAAUAAAAAAUGUCAUAAAUCUUCAUUUCUAAUGAAAAAUGUCAUAAAUCCCCAUUUUUAAUGAAAAAUGUCAUAAAAUCCUCAUUUCGAAUGAAAAAUGUCAAAAAAUUCUCAUUUCUAAUGAAAAAUGUCAUAAAAUCCUCAUUUCUAUUGAAAAAUGUCAUAAAAUCCUCAUUUCUAAUGAAAAAUGUCAUCAAUUUUCAAAAUUUUUAUUUAAAAACUGCCAUUUCAGGACACACAAGGAGUAAAAUACGACUACCGCUCAAUAAUGCAUUACGAUUCAGCCGCCUUCUCUCGGAACGGUAAAAACACGAUAGAAACGGUCGAGGACGGCUUUACCACGGUAAUUGGCUCAGCCAAAGAUCUAAGCGAACUGGACGUGGUCAAACUCAACAAACUGUACCAAUGUGCACCAAAAACCGCCAAAAAGUCGGUAUUUUCAAGGUCAAGGACUAAAGCCAAGACUACGUUGCCACCUUUGUUACCAAUUGUUGGAAAGCUGGCCACGAGCGUGGCCAAGGAUUCGGCUUCCACAAAAAGUCCGUUAACCAAAAGUAAAGGGAGUAAGAAGGGGAAGGCGGAGAGUGGUAAGGGAUACAAGUGUGAAUACUAA